GGUCAGGAUCUCACAGUUCGUGAGUUCAAUCCCCACAUCAAUCUCACUACUGUCAGCACAGAGCCUUCUUCAGAUCCUCUGUGCUCCUCUCUCCGUCCCUCCCCUGCUUGUACUCUCUCUCUCUCUCAAAAAUAAAUAGACCUUAAAAAAAGAGACAGAGAAUACAAGUUGUUAAAAGUGGCAUAGCUAAACUUCUGCUUCCAAUCAAGGAUGAAAUUUAUCGUCUCACCUUAAACAACUAAAACAUCUGAAAACAAAGUGUAAAACAAUAGUUUUUCAUACACUGGCCAAUAGACAGCACAGAGCAGUCACCCCUAAGAAAGGAGAAACAAGCCCUACAAUUGCCCCAACAUUCUCCCUAGAGAGUUUCCAGGCCAAAGCUCAAGUAAGAGGAAUUUAAACAAAACUCAGCAGUUCCCUUCUAGACAUAAAGGAUACCAUGCCUAAAAUGAAAAUAGUCUACUAGGUGGGAUUAACAGUAGCUAAAACACUGAAGAAAAUAUUGUUGACUUUGAAGACACAGUAAUAGAACAAUACAAAAUGAAACAGGAAAAAAAAACUGAAAAGGAAAACAGUGAAUCAGUGAAUUGUAGACAACAUCAAGCAGCCUAACAUAAGUAUAAUUAGAAUUACAUAAGAAGAGAGAUGGGUAAACAGAAAAAAUAUUUGAGUAAUGUCCAAAAUUUUGACAAAUUUAAUGAAAUUUCUAAAUACCCAAAUCCAAGAACCACAAUGAACACCAAGCAGGAAGAAGAAAAAGAAGGAGAAGGAGGAGGGGAAGAAGACCAUACCAAGGGACAUUACAAUCAAAUUUCUUAAAACCAGUAAUAAAGGGAAAGUCUUAAAAACAGCCAAAGAUAAAAGAAACAUUAAAUACAAAGAAGAUAGCAAAUAUCUCAUCAGAAACAAUGGAAUCCAGAUGUUAAAAAGUCCUUAAUGCACAAGAAAGGAUACAAGUUGGAAAUUUGGAUCUGCAUAAUGAAAUAAAGAACACUGGAAAUGGCAAAUACAUGGGUACGUAUCCAUUUUUAAGGCCUCUAUUAAAGAUAACACGCAAAAAUGUAAAGCUGCAAUGAAGACUAUGGGGCCACCGAAAGUUGAACUACCUUCUCCAAAGAAUUUCCUGAAGAAACAUUCAAUGGAAAAAACUCUACCACCCAAAAAAAAAUUUGAUUGGAAUGAGCCCAGAAAGCCUCCUGUGCCACUGAGAACUGAUCAUCCAGUCAUGGGAAUACGAAGCGAAAAAAAUUUUAUAAACACAAAUGCAGCCAAUGUCAUUCUGGGAGUGACUAAGAAGCCUAAACCAAUUUAUGUUGACAAAAGAACUGGAGAUAAGCAUGAUCUUGAAACUUCAGGACUAUUUCCAAAAUACAUCAAUAAAAAGGAUUACGGUGUCACACCUGAGUAUAUAUGUAAGCGAAAUGAGGAAGUAAAGAAAGCCCAAGAAGAAUAUGAUAAAUAUAUCCAGGAAAACCUUAGGAAAGCAGCUAUGAAAAGGCUGUCUGAUGAAGAAAGGGAGGCAGUUCUUCAGGGGCUGAAGAAGAACUGGGAAGAGGUACAUAAGGAGUUCCAGUCCCUCUCUGUGUUCAUCGAUUCCAUACCGAAGAAGAUUCGCAAGCAGAAGCUGGAAGAAAAAAUGAAGCAGCUGGAACAUGACAUCGGUGUCAUUGAAAAGCACAGAAUUAUUUACAUUGCCAAUAAGUAAUAACGGAUUUCUAAAAUAGAGUCAUUUUCACAUAGGAAAAAGCCCGCUGGAAAACAUAAACAUGAAACUUUGCUUUUCAAAGAGGAAAAUACUCUGAAAGAGAAUAAAAAUAGUUUUUACCGAAAUGCUUAGGCAAUGUUUAAAGGAUAAUUGAAUUAUUCUACUUACAUGAGGGAAAAUUCUGUUUUUACCAGCGUUAGGUUUUCUAAGCAUGAAGUUUGAUGUUGCGUGUUCCAACUUGUAGUAUAAUCCAUUAUUAUUAUGUACUUGUUUCACAUAAAUAUUAAUUUCUGGGCCCCAAAGAAUAAAGCCAGCACUAGGAACUUCCGAUUUUUUCUACACUGCACGAUACAAAGAACACAACAUUAAAAACUUAAGUAUUUUGAAGUGGAAAUAGUGGCAUAUGCUUUCUUGCUUCUCCGGUGUUCUUGGCAUAUUUUUUCAGAACCGCCCACGUUUAGCAGUGUAUAUUCUCAGAUAGCCUAUGUCAUUUCCAACCAUUCCCAACUGCAAAUAUUUUCAAUGUCUAUAAUGCUAUAUAUGCCGAAGGGCUUAUAUUUCAAGGAAGAAAAAUGAAGAAGGCAGCAUAAAAUCAAGAACACAAUUUACAAAAUGCAUCACUGAGGAUAAUCAAAGAGAAUAACUCUUCCAAGCAUACCAACUUUUAAAAACUUUGCUAUUCACUGUAAGUGCUUUACUCCAUAAUUCAUUAUAUGUGUUGCACUGAAAUGGGAUGUUGCUUUUUCUUUUUGGUCCUAUGUAUCUAUUUUUUUGAAUUAUAAUGUUUCUAUUUGUAAGAUUAAUUUAUUAAGCAAUAAAUUUAUGUGAGUA